AUGAACAGAAUAUUAUCGAGGAAUGAUAUUCAGAAUAGAAUAGCCAAAGGCCAGACGAUUUUGAUCUACGACCACCAGGUUUUACGACUUGAUAAAUGGAUCGCGUAUCAUCCUGGAGGAGCCAAAGCGAUUUAUCAUAUGGUGGGCAGAGACUGUACCGAUGAAAUGAACUCGUAUCAUUGUGAGACCACCCAGGCCACAUUCAAGAAAUUCAGAGUCGGUAAGAUCGAUUAUAAAUGGGAGAAUAUGUUGCCUCCGAUCCAAGGAGGAAAAUACACUUUCAUUGAAGAGAAGAAAGCCAAUAAUGAUGAUGACAAUCAUUGUGAUUCUGAUGAUACGUUAAUCGGGGAUGAUAACCUAAUGGACAAAGACCAACAUUCUAAACUCCCGGGUCAACCAGCAGUGGAAAUCAUCCCGCCAAUCCCUCAAAAUAUGAUUUUCACCAUUGAUAAGAAGUUUGCGUACCAACAAAAAGUCAUUAGGGAUCCUGAAGACGUUUUGGAUAAUUACGACAACCAGUUUGUGGAAAAAGAUUUACAAAUGUACCCGCCAAUGGACUACGAGACCCAAUCAGAGCUAUCCGAAAAAUACAACCAGUUGCAUCAACGGAUCAUCGAUGCCAAUUUAUACCAGUGUGAUUAUUGGUCGUAUUUCAAAGAAUUCUGCCGGAUCGGGUCGUUAUUCCUAUGGUCGAUGAUUUUUUAUAAAACAAACCACUUGUUUUGUUCGGCGGUGGCGAUUGGGGCAGCCUGGCAACAGCUGACGUUUAUCGUCCACGAUGCGGCGCAUAUUUCUAUAACUCAUAACUAUCAAUUCGACUCGUUUAUCGGUAUGACCAUUGCCUCGUUUGUCGGGGGGCUAAGUUCCACGUGGUGGAAAAGUAACCAUAACGUCCAUCAUUUGGUCACCAAUGAUCCAGUACACGAUCCAGAUAUCCAACAUUUACCGUUCUUUGCGGUGUCCACCAAAUUAUUCAAGAAUGUGUACUCGACGUAUUAUGAGAAAUUCCUCUAUUAUGACAAAUUCUCGAAACUCGUGAUCCGUAUCCAGGAUCAUUUAUAUUAUCCGAUGUUGGGGUUUGGAAGAUUCAACUUAUACCGAUUGAGUUGGACCCAUUUAUUACUUGGGCUUGGUCCUACCAAGGGGAAAGCCGCGUGGUUUAGAUGGUACGAAUUAGUGGGGUUGUCGUUCUUCCUGUAUUGGUUCUUUUACUUGUUUCUUUUUAAAUGUCUCGAUUCCCCAGGACAAAGAUGGCAAUACUUGUUGGUGUCGCAUAUUAGCACAAUGCUCGUACAUGUGCAAAUCACCCUUUCACAUUUCCCAAUGUCGACGUCGGAUUUGGGGGUCAGUGAAUCUUUCCCUUCGAAACAAAUGCGAACCACCAUGGACGUGGAUUGUCCCGAAUGGUUUGAUUUCAUUCAUGGGGGGUUACAAUUCCAAGCCAUCCAUCAUUUAUUCCCAAGACUUCCAAGACAUAAUUUAAGAAAAGCCCAGCCGUACGUGAUUGCGUUUUGUAAAGAUGUGGGGUUGAAGUAUACGAUCUAUGGAUUUGCCAAAGGAAAUGGGAAAGUAUUGAGUAGGUUAGGGAAAAUUGCACAACAGGCAAAGAUUUUGGCAGAUUGUACUAAAGCAAUGAAGGAAGAGGCUAGAGGAACGCUGAGAAAAUAA